AUGGAGCGCGACUGCCGGCGCUCCGAGGGUUCGUUCAACUUUGAGAUUCGAUCCGUUCCCAUCCCAGAGCCGAAGCCCUGGGAGGUCUUGAUUAAGCUCACUGUCACGGGAGUAUGCGGCACGGAUGUAUCCCUCGCCGCCGGCUACGUUGGUCCGACGUGUGACAUACUCGGCCACGAGGGCGUCGGGCACAUCGUCGCCCUGGGAAGCGGCGUAGAUCCGAGCAUCGUCAAGGCCGGAGACCGGAUCGGCGUCUCCUGGGUCAGGGACGCGUGCGGUAGCUGCCCCUGCUGUCGCGAGCCCGGCGGCGAGACGCGGUGCCUCGAGCAGCUCAAUUCAGGACGCAAGCUCGACGGCACAUUUGCCGAGUACUGCGUCGUGCCUGCCCGCUAUUUGCUCACGCUGCCGGACGACAAGGCCAACCUGCCAGACGAGCUCGUCGCGCCGGUGCUGUGCGGCGGCGUGACGGCCUACAAGGCGCUCAAGACCUGCGGCGCGACGCCGGGCGAGUGGGUAGCCGUCGUCGGCGCGGGCGGGGGCGAGGAAUUUUGCCUGCUGUCGGGGGCGGAGGCGUACUUUGACGCUCUCGAGCCGGACGUGGUGGCCUCUGUGAAGAACACCACGACGGGCGGGGUCGGUGUCAGGGCGUCCAUCGUCACGGCGGGCUCGGGCAAGGCGUAUCAGAAUGGGUUGGACGUGCUGGGGUCUUUGGCACGCUGGUUUGCGUGGGGAUACCGCCCCCUCCCGAGGUCCUCAGUUUCCAUCCUCUGGCCGUCAUCGACCGAGGCAUCCGGAUCGUGGGAACCCUGGUGGGGACGCGUACGGAGACGCUUGAGGCAUUAG